CGCGCCGAAACUGUACUUGCAAAGUGAGACGAAGAAGUAGGGGACGCAGGUGCGGCCUACGGUCAGGGACUCGAUUUGCUUGGCGGCUUUGGGAGGCGGCGAUUGCCAUGACGGCCCAAGGGGGGCUGGUGGCCAACAGAGGCCGGCGCUUCAAGUGGGCCAUUGAGCUGAGCGGGCCUGGAGGAGGCAGGGGCCGAAGUGACCGGGGCAGCGGCCAGGGAGACUCCCUGUACCCAGUCGGUUACUUGGACAAGCAGGUGCCUGAUACUAGCGUUCAAGAGACAGACCGGAUCCUGGUGGAGAAGCGCUGCUGGGACAUCGCCUUGGGUCCCCUCAAACAGAUUCCCAUGAACCUCUUCAUCAUGUACAUGGCUGGCAAUACUAUCUCCAUCUUUCCUACUAUGAUGGUGUGCAUGAUGGCCUGGAGACCUAUUCAGGCACUUAUGGCCAUUUCAGCCACUUUCAAGAUGUUAGAAAGUUCAAGCCAGAAAUUUCUUCAGGGUUUGGUUUACCUCAUUGGGAACCUCAUGGGUUUGGCAUUGGCUGUUUACAAGUGUCAGUCCAUGGGACUGUUGCCUACACAUGCAUCAGAUUGGUUAGCCUUCAUCGAGCCCCCUGAGAGAAUGGAGUUCAGUGGCGGGGGAUUGCUUUUGUGAACCCAAGAAAGAAGCACCUGCACCUUAGGGAUUUGGAUCUCAUUUACAUACUUCUUUAGGCCCAGUGCUUCCUCCUCAGCAUACUCACCUUAAAAAUGUCACUCAUGCCGAGAAAAGCCCAAAAGCUCUCUUUUCUCUAUGGCGAGGAGACAAAUCUUAACUACAAACACAAAGAAACUGUACCACAACCUGACUGAAAAUAAUGUAGAAAACUUUAUUUAUGUUUCCAGCACAGAGCAAAACAACAAAUAAAACUAUAACUCUGUAAACAAAAGAAUGGGUGCCGCUAAAUCAAGAACAACAGCAGCAUCUCCUCUCAAUAAAUUAAGUGGUUUAUGAACAAAAAUGUUGCACGUGUUUCCCUUAAAUCUAUUUUCCUUAAUAUUUCACUUCUAUUUAACACAAGAUGGGACAUAAAAAUUCUGUUGCAGACACUUGUGGAAGAUGUGAGAAACUAAUGGCUGGAUUCAGACUACAUGAUAAAAAACAAACUGGACGGAAUGAGCACAUAAAUAUGCAUACAGUGUAAUUACUACUUUUAAUACCCACAAUAAUGGAUUUUUAACAUGUUCAGGGGGAAUGAGGAUUGGUGGGAUCCUUGGGGCCACAGGAAUCUGAGGCAUUUUAAAGGUAUACCUGCCCUGGUAAAAGUCAUAGCUGAGACUUAAAAGCUGGCUGAUCUUACUCAAAAGGCAGGAUGCGGUCUUUCUCUUCCCUCUUGAAACACAAAGCCCCUUCCCCAAAGGUGCAUUUCCCCAUCAAGUUUUCGGUAUUGCUUUAUUUGCAGUGAUUAAGACAGACAAGACACUUUGCAGACAGACAAUGCAAGCAGCACAGAGAGACCUGAAAUGCUCUAGACAGAGAUGAGUAUAAAUCUGGCCUAAUAACCAUCUUCCAUGUAACAGUGAUUGUGUGUUUUAGGGACUGAAGUAGAAUUGUGCCUAUGUUAACAGCCACUGAUUCCCUUAUCCCUUUAAAAGAUUCUUAACGAGCUCCAACCACAAAGAGCUCUUCUAAAACUAACCUUAUUUUUUGACCAUUUUUGUCCUGUAUGUAGGGGGAGGGGACUGUACGUACCACUUUGGCCAGUGAUGUGUGAAAAUGUAGGGGAAUUCCUGUGCAGACUGACCUUCAAGAUCCUGGACCCUAGGGGACCUGUCCCAUUACUGCUGUACUCAAUAACAGAGUGUUGCAGUAAGAGUUAUAAAUGGUGCUUCUACCCUCUGCUGGAAGGAGCAGAAAGGGAAAAAAUAAGUGAAGACUCUAUCUGCUUUGCUACCCUAAGUGGGCCUGGAGGUUGAAAGAAGAGCAAAGGGAACAAAUCAAAGUGACUCAAUUUCUUAAGCCAUACUGAGGGAUUUUUCUCUCUGUCCCUAAAGGUCAGAUGAACAAUCUGCUGGCAACUAGGUCGCUUGCUCCAUAUCCUACUGGAAAAUUAAGGAAGAGUGGCACUAACAGUAAUAAAGCAAAAUCUAAAAGCAGCCACGAAUAUAGCAAGAAGAUAAGUUUCUCUAAAUACCUAUCCUGUAAAAUGAAGAUUCAGUACAUACUUGAAAUGACUGCUCAGCCACACAGGGUAGCUUCCCUAUGCUUGAAAGCCAGGAAUUUUAUGACGGUUACCUUCGUGUGGGGGGGCUGGGGGUGGCGGUGGUGGACUGAGCUUACAGAAGCAUCUCCUCGGCACAGACAGAGUUUUCUGAAAACAAAACUGAAACUGCAGAAGACCCCCGGCUUGGGUGAUCUCUCAGUUCAGGGCCAAGUUUCUGCAGUCAGAAUGGAGAAUAAAGUUGGAAGCAAGAGGGAAAAAUGCUCAUAUUCUCGGCAUUUUCUUCACUGUGGCUUUGGAGAUGAGACCACAAACAGGUUUCUCAGUGAAAGAAAAGUUUCUUGAAUUAGGCCAAUGCCAAUUCACACUUCAUUUUAGCGACAAAGCUAAGGAGAGCAGCAGCUCACUAACUCUGGCGCUGUGGAGAGAGUGUGGCUCUAGGACUUCUAAUUCCAUUGCUGGACUCCCCCCUUUAAAAGACAGGCCAAAGCUUUCAGGGAAAGAUUUUAGCCAGUCCUCCUUGUGUUUGUUCCUGUGAUUUUUCUACCUAUGCUGACUAACCCUGAGGGCAUAAAAGAGAAGGAAAAGGAGAACCUGUUGUCUGUGUUCGUCAUGACCUAUAUUUCUUACACAACAACUUAUAUAUUUUGCCCAUGUCACAUACAUAACCACAGGCUGUAUUUCCAUAAAUCUUAAUAGCUACUUUUUGGAGUUCCCUUAGUUCAACCAUUUUAAAAAAAACCUGAAAGAAUUCUUAAUCUACCUUUAAAAAAGCAAUUUCCAUUGUAACGCUGCCUAUGUUACAAUCUUAACUAGGGAAUGGGUUUUGAGUUAGAGAAACAGACAACUGAAAUACACAUCAACAUAAUAUAUGUACUUAAACCUGGUUGGAGGAAGUAGAGGCUGCAGCCAAUUUUCAGUUUUUGUACAUUAGUAUCCUGAUACAAAAUUUAGAGUCCUAGAGAGCAAUGGGUACACUAAAGAAAAUUAGCUAGUAGAUUUCCAUCUUGACUUGCCACAGGUUAUCUCCACAAGGAUAUUAGGUCCCAUAUAUUUGGCCAUGAAUUCUUUACUAUGAUGAGGCUGUAUCUCUGACUGCAUGGUGUCAUCAUUGAACCAGGACUUCCGAGACUCAUCUUUACUGUUGGAUAUGUGCUUGCUUUUUGUCUUCAGGUGAAUUUCUAGCAACCCUUUUACAGAUUUGUUUUAUUGGUUUAGCUUGCUAAUUCCAA